GUCAAGUUUAUUUUAAAAGUAAAACUGCGUAAAUAAUGUUUAUUCACUAUUUACCAGCUAAAAGAUACAAAUUAAUGAGUAUUUUAUAAGUGACGUAGUAUACAAAUUAUAAAUAUUUAAUAAUGUCUAAAGUUUUUAAUAACGAAGGUAUAAAAGCCGGUUGUAUUUACAGGAUAGCCCUUGAGAAUUUUGUGACAUACAAACAAGUCGUGCUAUAUCCAAGUCAAUCAUUAAAUUUGAUAAUCGGGCCUAAUGGUACAGGAAAAUCGACUUUUGUUUGCGCAAUCAUUUUGGGUCUUUGUGGCAAAACUAGUGUUAUUGGACGAGCCAAAAAGAUAUCAGAGUAUGUAAGAAGUGGAUGUGAGGAAUCUACAAUAGAAAUAGAACUCUAUAGGAAUUCCGGUGAAAGAAAUGUUAUAAUAACAAGAAAUUUUAAUCUCAGAGAUGUCUCUACAUGGGCGAUAGAUCAUAAAACUGUUAGAGAGAAACAAGUACUGGAAUUAAUAGCAUCUUUAAAUAUACAGGUUGACAAUCUCUGUCAGUUACUACCACAAGACCGGGUACAGGAUUUCUCUAAGAUGAAUCCACAGGAGUUACUUCGUAGUACAUUAUCUGCGGUGGGCGGACAAGAGAGUGUAUCUCAGUUGGAUGAAUUAAUAGAGUGCAGGAAUAAACAUAGAGGAUUGUCUACUAAAGUACAGAAUAACGCUCAACUAUUGCAAGAGCAGAUACGUCUCAAUGAGAGAUUAAAAACAAUAAUUGAUGGAAUGCAUCAAAGAAAAGAAAUAGAGAAGCAAAUAGAGAUAUGUGAGAAGAAAAAACUCUGGUUGGAGUAUCAAACACUUAGAGAACAAGUUAUUGAAUGCGAGAGAGAUAAGAAAGAAGCUGUGAAACUUGUUAACACACACAAAAGUAAAAUGGAACCUUUAGAAAAAGUCAUCGAUAAAGCUAAAGUGGGAAUUAGUAAAUUGGAACAGGAAAAAUUAUCAGCUAACCGUGAAAUUAAUUCACUAAAAGACAGUAUAAAGGAAGCUAUCAGUUCUGCCCGACAACAAGAAUAUACUUUGAAAGAUCUGGAAGCCGCUCUGCAAGAAAAAUUAGAACGACAUCAGAAUAAAGAGAGAGAAUUACUUGAAGCUAAUGCUAAAUUGGAAAAGUUGAGGAAUGAUAAGAAAAUGUUAAUUGAAAAGAUCGGUGAUGAGACACAAAUAAAAAUGGAACUAGCAGAGUUACAAAAGCCGAUUUCCAUAAACAAUGCGACAAUAGAGAGAUUCAAGAAACACAAGCUGGAAUUACAAUAUGACCUUGAGAAUAAUAUCAAACCACAGAUUAGAUUGUUCCAGAACAAAAUAAAUAACUUAGAAAAUGUAGAUGCUAAGCGACUAGAAGUUCUAAGAGCUUACAGUGAGGAUUGCUACAAGGCGGUGAUGUGGCUCAGAGAUAAUAAACAUAUGUUCUCAAGACCUGUAUAUGAACCUAUGAUGUUAGAAAUAAAUUUCACGGAUGCAAAGUUCGCUCGUUACUUAGAAGCGACAGUGCCGGCGCGAGAUCUCGCAGCUUUCACUUUCGAGAGCAGCGCAGAUAUGAACCUAUUCCUACAGAAAGUGAGACGAGAACGCGGUCUGAAGUUAGUCAAUGCUAUUUGCAGUUCGAAUCCUGCGACAACACAUAGACCUGAUAUCACUCAGCUUAGCUACCUAGGUUUUUACACAUAUAUAAUAGACACUAUAAACGGUCCGGAGCCUAUCAUCAACUAUUUGUGCAGACAGUAUGGAAUACACAGGAUACCUAUAGGCAAUGAUCAUACAUACAAAAAUAGCGCUAAAGUACCCUCUAAUAUUACACAUUUCUUUACUGAAAACCACAGAUUCAGUGUACGAGUGUCAGCUUACAGCGGUGUCAAAAGCAGUUCUAUUAUAGAGAUACGUCCGGCGAGACUUUUGGCUAACACCGUUGAUGUCGACCAAAUACAUAGCCUUAAUAACCAAUUAGCCAAACAUCAAGAGACAUCUCAGCAGCAUCAUAUUAGGAUGCAGGAGAUUGACAACAAACUGAUGUCUCUCGAGGCCGAGUUGAAUAAAUUGAAUGCAGCGAGGAGAAGUAUUCAUGAAAACGUAGAAAAGGUUAGAACACUUUCCGCACAAAUCCGUCUACAAACGAAGAAGGUUGAAGAUAUAGAGAAUGAACCGACGUUGAAUAUAGAACAAGAGAGAAGUAGAUGUAAGAGGAAACAGCGGGAGUGUGUCAUAAAAUUGUGUCAAUGUCAUCAAGAAUUGACCGGCACUAUGAGAAGGUUACAGGAUAAAGUCAUUAGUAUGGAGAUUUGUAAGGUUAAAUUAGAUUACAACAGAAAUUCCAUUGUACACGAGGAGAGUAAACUGAGAGAAUUGAAAAACGACAUGAGAAAUGUACAGGCAACAUUAGAAAAUAUAGAGAAUCAACUUAUCCGUGUUAAAACGAAAGCUAAAGAGAAGCUAAACGAAGCAAAAAGGUCUUGUAACAACAAACUACCUAAUGACCCAGACUUUCCUCACACUGAAGACUUUGCAGUACUGCCUAGUGAGAUCAAUGAACUCAUGACACACUGCUUCGAGCUGCAGGCCAGAGUCAAUUGUAUGGAUGAAGGAGACGAGAGGGCAAUAAAAGAGUACGAAGAACGUGAACAGAUGAUAGCAAAGUUGAAAAAUGAUGUAGAGAGUUCAGGAGAUGUCAGCAAACAACUAGAAAUCAAAAUGAACCGUAUCAAAUCGAAAUGGUUGCCACCGUUAGAAGCGUUACUUCGAGAUAUAGAUAAAACAUUCGGCGAUAUGUUUGAGAAGCUCGGCUGUGCGGGGGAAAUCAAACUGGAUAAAGCUGGAGCUGAUGAGGACUACGACAAGUACGGUGUAAGUAUACUGGUGAGGUUCCGCAGCUCGGAGCAGUUGGCGCAGCUGACGAGACAUGCGCAGUCUGGGGGGGAGCGCGCUCUCACCACCGCCAUAUACCUCAUGGCGCUGCAGAGACGUACCACUGUACCCUUCAGAUGCGUGGAUGAAAUCAACCAAGGUAUGGACGCGAUCAACGAGCGCAAGAUGUUCCAGCUUCUGGUGCAGGUCACCACCGAGUGUGAUAACGCCCAGUACUUUCUACUUACCCCCAAAUUGCUGACUAAUCUAGAAUAUAAUUCCAAGAUAACUGUGCACACUAUCAUGAACGGACCUCGUGUGAUGCAUCACAGCAAGUGGAAGUGUCAACAGUUUAUUGAUAACGCAAGGAAAUAUAUGUCGACUCAGUAAGUAUUGUAACAUUAGAUCUACAUACAUUUGUACUACACUGUAUUGUAUAAAUGGACUGGCUAUUACACGUGGUAUUUUGUGCCUAUUUGAUUUUCGACAUAUUAGCGCUCAUAGAUGAGGUGUGUUUAAAUCGGAACGUAGCAAAAGCUGACAGUUUUAAGCAAUUACCUAUCUAUUUAUAGAGAUCAUUGGUAUUAAUUGUCGUUCCUUUCUUACUCUUUGAAUAAUACCAUCAAAUAUAAGUGUCACAGCUGUCAUUGUGACGUCAUCAUUACAUAGAGUAAAAGGAUACCAGAAUGGAUAUUGAAUAAGUCAAAGGCAUAAUUAUUUCCAUCUUUUUUUGUCUUCCUUCAUUCUUUAAUUCUACAAACCUGGUGAUAGAUAUAUACAUAGAAUAUUGGAAGAAAACACGCGAUAAUAUCUAGAAUUUUCCAUAACUUACCCCCUUUUUCUAGUUUUUGAAAAAUGAAUCUCUUGUUAUAUCAGUGGACCAAUAUUUACUACAUAGUAUAUUAUUGGAAUCAAUUAUAUGCCAAAAAAGUUGAUUAUUAAUAUUUUAAUAUGGAUAAAGAAGAAAAACACUUAAAUAACCGUCAGUUUUCACUACCAAAGAACUUG